AUGGCGGUCUGCAGAGCUCUGCUGUGGAGUUGUUUGCUCGUGUCGAGUGUUUGUGUGUUUGGACUUUACACAGGUCCGAACUUGUUCCUUAGGUCCAAACGAGCAAACUCGUUUCUUCUGGAGGAAAUUCUUCAGGGAAAUCUGGAACGAGAAUGUUUUGAGGAGAUCUGUGUGUACGAAGAGGCCAGGGAGGUGUUCGAGGACACACACCAUACUUCUAUGUUCUGGGCUCAGUAUGUGGAUGGAGACCAGUGUGUGUCUGCCCCCUGUGGUCACGGAGGAAUCUGCACCGACGGCGUGGGCGGGUUCACCUGCACAUGCCCCGCCCCCUUCUUUGGACCCACCUGUGAGCUGGGACCUGGGACCAGACCAGACCAGGACCCAGCCCAGGACCCAGCCCAGGACCCACUGGUCAAAGCCUCCAUACCGUGUCCGCUCAGUGGCCCCUCCUCCUGUGAGCAGCUGUGUACGGCCUCAGACUUCAGCUACAGCUGCUCCUGUUUACAAGGAUACACUCUGAGGAGUGACCAGAGGAGCUGCAGGCCAGCAGGGACUACAGUGGAGACCCCUUGUGGACAGAUCCCAAAUCAGCAUCAGUCUAACGCCUCCCACACCGUCUGCACCAAUCAGCACUGUCCCUGGCAGGUCUUGGUCUUGGACUCUUCAGGUCUGGAGAUUUGUAAAGGGGCUCUCCUCGGACUCUCUUCAGUCCUGACCUCAGCUCACUGUGUGUGGUCUCAGCUCGGACCAGACCUGGACUCGAACCCACUCUUCAUCCGCUUCAGUGGCCAGCAGGGCAGCGUGCGUGUGACAUCAGCACAUGUACACGAUCGCUUCUCCUUGGCCAAUCUGGACUAUGACCUCGCUCUGCUGCAUAUGCCCCGCCCCUCUCCCAGAAGCCCCGCCCCCCUGCACCUAUGUGUCCCCAUACACCGCGACCACGCCGACCGCGUCCUGGCACGACAUUGGAGCUUGCUGCUGGUGGGAGGAACUGGGGGCGGGGCCAGAGCCCUGACACUGGACGAGUGUCGCAGGAAGACGAACCGACGAAUCACCAACAAGAUGUUCUGUCUGGAGAGGGAGGGACUCUGGGUGGAGCCAGAGGAGAAGGGUGGGUUGGAGGCGGAGCAAGACGACCAUCACAUUCAGACACAACCCACUGAACUGGAGACAAACCAAAGCUUAUCCAGCUUUUCAGUGACCCCAGGGAGGGCCUUAGGGACCCCGGUGGUCAGCCUGCACAAAGGGACUGCGUACAUCGUGGGGGUGCUGUCCUCUGUGUCGCCUGCAGGGGGCAGAGCUCAGGUUCUGAUCGUCACCAAACUGUCGCGUCACAUGACCUGGCUGCAACAGCGAGCAAGUCACAUGACAGAGCAAGAAGUAGAUCUGCUCCAGCCCUGA